GCCGAGCAGUCGAGACAGCUCAAUAGGAGCUCCCAGCAACCCCAAAGCAACGAAAAUCACCAACAAAGCGGCACCUGCUCCUCGCGGUCAAACCACAGUGUCCUGCCCGGUGGCUCGCAUAUCCUUUUUCUAGUGCCUCAAGUGUGUGCUGGUGUGUGUGCUUGUGCCUGCGUGUACGUGUUGUGCUUUUGUGUGUGUGUGCGUUGUCGUCUGUUCGCAUCAGAGCAACCAUGAAAGUUUUAGUGGUAUUAGCCUGUGUGGCCAUCGUUGUGGCCCGCCCGGAACCGCCGGUCGGCGGCUACAGCCACCAUCACCACGGAGGCCACGGUGGACACAGCGGGUACAACUACAACGCGCCUGUCCCGGCGCACACGCAACCGUUCGGACACCAGGCCCAGUUCUCGGGCGCAGCCCUGUCGGCCGGCGGCUCGUUCUCCGACACGCUGUCGGGCGCCGUGACCGGCUCGUUCUCGGGCACCGCCAACACGUUGAGCUCCGGGAACGCCUUCACCAACGCCAACAGCUUCAGCAACGCGAACGCCUUCAGCAACGCGAACGCCUUCACCCAGUCCAACGCGAACGCCUUCACCCAGUCCAACGCUAACGCCUUCAGCAACGCCGGAUCGUUUGUCGCUCCCCAGCAGCAGAUCGUCCAGAAGCACAUCUACGUGCACGUGCCGCCGCCAGAGCCGCAGCAGUCGUUCCAGCAGCAGAUCGUCGCGCCCGGCCUGCGCCAGAAGCACUACAAGAUCAUCUUCAUCAAGACGCCGCACCAGCAGCCGUCCGCCGCCCAGCUCGCCCUGCAGCAGUCCCAGACCGAGGAGAAGACGAUCGUGUACGUGCUGGUGAAGAAGCCGGAGGCGGUCGGCGACAUCAGCCUGCCGCUGCCGGCCGUCACCAAGCCCAGCAAGCCGGAGGUGUACUUCAUCAAGUACCGCACCAACACCGAGGAGGUGCAGGCCCCGAUCGGCGUCAACGUCGGCUCGUCCGCCACUGCCCAGGCCGAUGCCGGCGGUCUCGGCUUCCUCUCGUCCAGCGGUGCGGCCCAGAGCUCAGCCGUCGCCCAGAGCGCAGCCGUCGCCCAGAGUUCUGCCGUCGCCGGAGGCCAUUCGCACUCGAACGUUCCAGCCCAGCAGUACGGUACCCCGGCGCACCACCAUGGUGGCUACCACUAAGCCCUGAGCCACCGCCUGGUAGUAGUCCUCUGCGCCAUGCCUACCCGUUAGCGACGCAGUAGAUAUUCGGGCACGACUCAACUCCUUCAUACUUUUGUUAUUCGCCAUUUUUGUUUUGUUCUUCCUCUUUCAAAACUUACCUUGCCUAAACGUUUUCAAAUCUUGUCUUUCUAUUACUCCAAAAAAAAAAAAACAAACAACUUAGUUAGUACAAUUUUUGUAAACAAACGCCCCAAAAAUAUGCGAACCACUUUCGCAAAGUAAGGUGAAAAAAGAUGUGAAUUAUAGCACAUACAAAAAAAACAUAAUGAUAAAAAUUAGGACACAAAAACAAAAAGCGGUGACAAAUUUUCUCUAGCAUGUAAGCAAACACCCCAAGAAGAGGCAAACGAAAUGGCGUACACGCGCACACCAAGCGGACGCGCGUGCGCCGAACACACGCGCAGCUCGUAGCAAAUUAAUACUCGGUUAAAUUAUUUAUCGCUCUAUUGCUGCUGCCAG